AUGUGUUGGAGAUACGCAUUGGUUUCAGGACCUGCAGGGCUGAGGUCAGCAGCAGCUUUGCACCUUCGUGCUGCUGAACCCUCCCUGGUGCACUUUGCAACCCCAAAAGCACCCCAAAGCAUUGGGAAACCCCCACAUCAAAGCGUGCUGCAAAGCAAUGUGGAUAGCUGCAACGCCUCUUCUUUUUUCCCCCCCCUUUCAUUUUUCACCCCGCGCAGAGGUGCGGGGGAAGCGGCUGACGUUGGCGGCGUGCGAUGGUUCGAGGAGUGCAUCUGGGCUGCAGCUGCGCAGCCACACAACACCCGGGGGACGAGUGGGGCCGCCGCGGCCAUCACCCAACCAUGGCUUUUGCUUGCGUGUCGCUUCCGUGCGUGUCAUUCAGGGCUGUCCUCUUGGGGACACGUGUGUCCUCCAUCUCCGGGACCAUUGCCCUGUCCCGCACCGCCUGCACAGGGAAAUGUGGUUCCAAUAGAACCGCCGCUCUUUCCCUUAAUGCUUUCCAUUUCUACAGCCCUCUCUGCUGUAAUAGGAGCUGGAGCUGUCCGGAAGAAUGUCUACAAUGCAGAAAAGGCAAAAGGAUGGAAAAUUCCCCGCUCAAAGCUACGGCGCAGUCUCAUCUGGCUCUCUUCCUCAUCACCCCAUGCGUUACUGAUUGCUAAUAACGGUGUGCAACAUCUGUCAGGCGGUGUUUUGGGGAUUUGGGGGGCAUCUUCAACCCUGCAGCUUGCCCAUCACCCAAGGCAGGAGACGAGGGCUGAAAAGGACGACGAGAUGUUUAGAACUACUCCAGUGGUUGUGACAGCGCAAAAUAUGAGUGUUAUGUUAUCCCGACUCUCCGAUAAUGAGUUAUGGGACGUUUCAUUGUGUUUUACUAUACACAUCCCCAUAUGGCCGUGCUGUGUUUGGGUAACUCUGGCUCUGGCUCUGGUUCGGCUCCGCCUGUCACUUGCAUCAGUCGGGAUCCCAUUUGCCAACAUGGGCGCACUCCCGAUUUGGUAUCGGUGAGGGGGAAUGGGCCUAACAUCAUUGUUUCCACUCGGUGAAAGCACUGGCAAACGUUGCGUCCUUUAUUUAAACAGGUCCAGAAAUGCACUGGGAAGAAAUCACUUCUCCCAGUUAAUCAAGACAAAUGGUUUUUCGGCAGUAUUCAAGACCUCAGCUGCCAUCUCUUCAUAAAUAGGGCUACCACAUGUUGUUGUUCUUGGUUACACGAGGCAGAACCUCCAUGUUGACGUGCAAGAGGAAGAAAAGAAGGAAAAAGGGGGGGGGGGGGGGGAAAGGAGAUUGGGCAGCCAUAGGCAGGAGAAGGGUGAGCGCGGGAGGAGGCAGCCCUGCCCCCACAUCCCCAUGUCCCCACAUCCUCAUAUCCCCACAUCCCCACGUCCCCACAUCCCCAUACACCACUCAAUGCCAUUGGCGCAACCCCAUUUCCCUUCUGGUAUUGUCGGCUCUGUCCGACCAUCUGCAAAAGUUGAUGCAAUGCAUCUAUAUUUUAGAUACUCCCUAUUUAUUCGAAGUAACUUAUGUUAUUUAUUUAGAUACCAUAGUGUGCCAUCUAUGUACCGCGUUCUUUCUCUCUCUCUUUUUUUUUUUUUAAGAUUUUAUUUAUUGAUCCAAAUGGUGCCAAGUGCAGUUUACAUUUAUUACAUUUUUACCAUUUAUUCUAAACGUUGGGGGAAAAAAAGAAUGCAGUAUGAUAUUAUUUUUUUUAAACAAACAUAAACUCGGGUGUGAUGCUGUUACAUACUCACGAUAAAGUGAAAAUAAAAGGAGAAUUAUGUUGA